UCGUCACUCAGUGUCAGCAGAUAGGAAAUGGAGACUGACGGGGCCUCAUCGAUACAUCAGCGGUGUUGAAUGUGAUCGAUUACUCCGAUGCUGAUGAACGGAACCCAUGGAGACCCAUGAGGAGAAGCCCAUCAUCUACACGAUGGAGAACAAACCCAUAGUGACCUGUGCGGGCGAUCAGAAUCUGUUUACGGCCCUGUACAGCUCACUGACCCAACAGCUGCCCAGAGAACCCAUGGAGUGGAGGAGGUCUUACGGACGAGCACCAAAGAUGAUCUACCUGGAGGCUAAUUUCGUCCAGUUUAAGGAGGAACUUCUUCCUAAAGAGGGAAAUAAAGCGCUGUUGACGUUUCCUUUUCUGCACAUCUACUGGACCGACUGCUGUGACACCGAGGUGUACAAGGCAUCGGUGAAGGAGGACAUGCAGCGCUGGCAGGGUGUCCUGCGUCUCCACGGCUCCGUCGAUUGGCUCAUCGUUGUGGUGGAGAGUGACAACAAGAAGAAGAACAAGACCAACAUCCUGCCACGCACCUCCAUCGUGGACAAGAUCCGCAACGACUUCUGCAACAAGCAGAGCGACAGGUGUGUGUCUCUGUCGGACCCUCUGAAGGAGUCGUCUCGCUCUCAGGAGUCGUGGGGGUCGUUCCUCAUGAAACUGCGCACGCUCCUGCUCAUGUCCUUCACCAGGAACCUGGGCCGCUUCGAGGACGACAUGCGGACGCUGCGGGAGAAGCGCACCGAGCCCGGCUGGAGCUUCUGCGACUACUUCAUGGUCCAGGAGGAGUUGGCAUUUGUGUUCGAGAUGCUGCAACAGUUUGAAGACGCUCUGGUCCAGUAUGACGAACUCGAUGCUCUUUUCACUCAGUAUGUGCUCAACUUCGGCGCUGGAGAUGGAGCGAACUGGCUGGGCUCGUUCUGUGAGCCGGUGCGCAGCUGGAACGGGCUUCUGUUGCGCAGACCCAUCGACAUGGAGAAGCGAGACCUGAUCCAGAAAGGAGAGGCGAGUCUGCUGGACCUGCGCAGCUACAUGUUCUCCCGCCAGUGCACACUGCUCAUCUUCCUCAUGAGGCCCUGGGAGGUCACGACCCGCGCACUCGAACUGCUGCACAACUGUGUGCAAGAGCUGCGUCUGCUGGAGGUGUGUGUGGUGAGUGGCGCUCUGGACUGCUGGGUGUUUCUCAGUUGUCUGGAGGUUCUGCACAGGAUCGAGGGCUGUUGCGAUCGGGCUCAACUGGAGGCGAACGCCUCGCACACCGUGGGCCUGUGGACAUACGCCACUGAGAAGCUGAAGUCUCUGGGAGAUCUGUGUGGUCUGAUGUCCGAGAACGGCCCGAACUCUGAGGACCUGAACAAAACCGUGGACCUUCUGGCCGGACUGGGAGCAGAGAGACCUGAAACGGCGAACAGCCCUCAGAGUCCAUAUAAAAAACUCAAGGAGGCGCUGUCGUCCGUGGAGGCCUUCGAGAAACACUAUCUGGAGCUAUCUCACGCUGCGAUGGAGAUGUACAGGGCGAUCGGGCGAAUGCGUUCGGCUCGGCUGGUUGGGAAGAGUCUGGCCGAGUUCUACAUGAGGAAAGGAGACCCUCAAAGUGCUGAGAACUUCCUUCUGGAUUCUCUGAAGUCUUACGUGUCGGAGAGCUGGAGUUUGCCGCUCACACACACACGCAAGCAGAUCGCGGAGUGUCAGAAGCAGCUGCAGAAGAUGGACGAAUACCUGCAGACGAGCGCUCUGCUCGCCAGUGACGCCAACUUGAGCGAUGAGGAGAGGAAGCACUUCUGCCAGGAGAUCCUGAGCUUCGCCAGCCAGAACGCAGAGAGCAACGAUGCGCGUGUGUCUCUGAGCAUGAGCUCGUUCACUCGGCUCCACGAGCUGCGGUUCCGGCCCGCCUCGGCUCUGGUGCACGUUGGCGCCGCCCUGCAGUUGGAGUUGCGUCUCUGCAGUUUGAUGCCCGUCCCCGUUCGGGUGGAGCAUCUCUCCGCCAGCAUCCACUUCUCCCUGGAGAUGCCCGGCUCCACGGCUCAGAAACGGGCCCUCCAGAACCCGGACGGCACCGUCACGUUCCCGGGGGCCAGUGUGGUGUCGGGGUCCCCGGCGCUGGAGCUCUGCGAGAUCCAGGAGCACAGCCCGUCGGAGGGCGCGCUGAACACGGCCGGCGUGGUGUGUAAGAACAUGCACCUGCUGAUGCGGGUCCAGGACAGCGCCCCCUCUCUGGAGACGCCCGUCACUGCAGCGGCUCCUCUCGCCGUGGAGGAUGGGGCGCAGAUGCUGGAGGCCGAUGAUGUCACGCUGGUGCCCGGCAACAACAGCAUCGUCUUCACCGCACCCAGCCAGAAGCCGGGCACGUACACACUCCGCCAGCUGUGUGCGUCUGUAGGCCGGGUCCAGUUCGUUCUGCCGCACAUUUACCCUGUGGUUCAGUAUGAGGUUUAUUCCCAGGAGCCUCAGCUCACCAUCCAGCCUCUCACAGAGACCCUGUUGGCCGGGUUACCUCAGCAGGUGAAGUUCACGAUCCUGACGGGUCACUACAACGUGAAGAAGGGCGACGCUCUUCAGCUCAGCAACACAGACUCAAUGCCAGUGCUUCACUCGUGCUCCUGCUCCGCCCGCAUCAUCAGCAGCAGCGGAGAGCUGGUGUGUGAGAGCGCUCUGUCCAUCCAGUCGUCUGAGAAGGUGACGAGCAUCUCUCUUCCUCUGACGCCGCCCUAUCACACGCUGGAGUUCCUCCUGGACGUGCUGUGCCAUAUCCCAGCAUGCCCUGCGCGGGGCGAGAGCGAUCACCUGACCAACGGCCAGAUCAGCCACCGGUCGCGCAGCAGAACGCGCUUCACCAGCGGAUCGGCACUCAUCGACCAGAAGGUGUCUGUUGAUUGUCCCUGGUCCAUUUACUCGACGCUGGUCUCUCUCACCUUCCACGUGCCGUUUAAAGUCAAGCACUCGCUGCUGUCUGUGGGACGCAGGAAGUUCAUCCAGGUUUGUCUUCAGAAUGUGUCCGGCACUAAGUUUCAGCUGACCAAUCAAACGCUAGCGGAGACCCAGCACACGCCGUCACUGGAGCUGCUCUCGCUCAACACUCAGACACACAGCGUGGUGUUCAGUCAGCAGUGUGUGUUCAGCGUGUGGGAGCUGCGCUGGAGCGACGCCCCUCCUCUCUCUCUGCAGUGUGUGUUCUCGGCCAGCUUCGCUCCCGCAGACGCGCCGGACGCCGAUCUCAAACCCUACAGAUACGAGUUCACGGUGGAGCGAGUUUCAACUCUGUACAGCGUGCGAGCGGAGAUCUGUCCCCCUGCAGGCGAACAGCACUGUCGCACCGGCGCCCUCUGCAGGCUGGAGGUGUGUCUCACACGCCUCACUGAACCCAGUGACGCGGACCCAGAGGAUGAGGAGCUCAGCGAGAGCGAAGGCCUGCGCACCGCCAGACUCAUGUAUGAAGUGAUUGACAACCACAGUAACUGGGCGGUGUGUGGCAAGAGUUCAGGGGUCGUGUCUAUGCCGACGGCUGCCAUGGCGACACACAAGGUUCACAUGGAGGUCAUGCCACUGUUCGCGGGUCGGCUGCCGUUCCCCAACAUCCGUGUGUUCAAGUACCGGCCACAUCACGCCAGCGCCACGCAACCCGACUCAGACUCGUGUGUGGAGAACGACAGUGUGUCUCUGCUGGAUAAAGCGGUGGAGGAUCACCUGGACACGGCGAGUCUGCGCAGCCGCGGGAGCGUUCAGUCUCUGGGCGAGCAGCCGGCGCGGGGCGUCCCCAUGCCCAAACGCCAGGCCUUCGCCCCGGGUCAGGUGUUCACCGGCACACAGGGCCGCCAGGUGCUCGUGCUGCCCGCCAACGACCAGCACCUGCUCGAGGUCAACGUCACAUGACCCCCGCGGCCGCCCUCAGGGGCUCACACUCUUACUCCGUCACACAGACACUCGACGGCAGCCCUCAGACAUCCCAUCAUGCCUUGCAGCCCCUACUCUCCGUGCUCAGGUGUGUGUGUGUUUGUGUGUGUAUGAUGAGAGCGCCACCUGCUGUACAUACUGUUCAAUACAUAGAGGAUAUUUAAAGAACAAACUCACUGGGAUUUCGGGAUUUAGGUAUCCAACUUUUUUAUUUUUUUGAAGGGGAAAUGAUGUCGUUGAUGUUACAUUUGCGCUUUAUUGACAGUGUUGUUUUGAACACGCCCCUUCCUGCUGACAUCAGAUGAUUGAUGUGUCGCCCGAAUGAUCACGUUCACACGAACCGGAUCACAAUAAAUGUGUGUGUCAUGCGAUGUUGAAGAACGGUCAUAUUUCUGGUCACGAGCAAACAAAGUUCAGCUUUUUUCUUUGUUUUUGGUUUUUUUUUGUGCAUUUUUUUUUACUAUUUUCAUGAAAAUGUAAAUCCCGCGGAACAUUUGUAAAUCAACGUCAUUUAUAAAUUCUAUAUAUAAUAAUUUUUAUUUGCCAUUCAUAUAAGUAAACAUCCCACUGGUUGUAUUUGUUAUAAUGCCAAAAACUGGAUUUUUAUAUUAAAAUGAUUAAAAUUAUACAUUAAAAUCACACACACACACACACACACACACACACACGCACAAGGAAUGUUUUUGCUUAGUCAUCAUAAUUUUGGGGAAAAAAGUGCCAUUGUCAUAAUGCACAACAAAAAAACUCUUGAUUUUGGGGUGAAAUGUGAGCUGUGUGUGUAUAUGUGUGAUGUCACAGAUGGAAGUUUGAGCCUGUAAACACUAACGAGUGUGUGUGAUUUAAUCGGGGGCGUCUGAAACACACACACACACCUCUCCUGAUCUCCAGCAAUUGUGAGGUUUAGGAGGAAGUGAUGCGUUUCUCUGCUGUGAAUGGUUGCUCUCAUCCGUCUCUGUCUCGUGUGUGUGUGUGUGUGUGUGUGUGUGUGUGGUAUGUGUUUCUAUCCUGAGAAAGCCUCCUCUGAAAGGCUCACACUGAUCUCAUCCACUGCUCAGUAUUUAUCCCGGAUCAGGACUCUGGACUCACACACUUCGGGUGCCGCACGGGAUGCUGGGAUUCGGCCUGUGACGUCGUGAACACACACUGUUUGUUUGUAAAUUGUCGAUCAAACAUCACAGAUUGUAUUUAGAUUAUUUAAAUGAGAAGAAUAUGUACGCAUUAUACAACUGAAAAUAUACAUAUGUUUUAAAAGGGUGUUUGUCGUCUUGUUUUUCUAUAAAAUAAAACUACUUUUGUUUGUUUGUUUAA